GACGUUCUGCUUGCCGCGCUUUCUGGCCAGCGAUCGGCCAUGUUGACGGUCGCCGUCGCCGCAGCCAAAGUCGCCGUCAAGGUCGCCACGGUCACGUCGUCUGUCUCGGCAGUGUCCUCUCGCGCAGGCGCACCACUCGCGACCCGGCGCGGCGGUCAUGGGCAUGGACACAGCCACAAAGUCGCUUCCGUUCGCGCUCCGUUGACAGCUGCCGAGCACACUGCAGCGCUGGCUGCGUAUCGCGCAAUGGAGUGCAACAAGCUUGCUCAUCCGUGGCUACAAAGCUGCUCUGACACCUGGCGGGGGCUCUUUGUCAUGUGCUUCAAGGCGGCAGGACUGCGGCUUUACGCACCGCUCUUCAUUAUCCCAGCUCUCGUGCGCGGGAAGAGCAUUCAGCACAUCCUCACACGUACCGUGCCGGAUGUCGCACGCUCGGCCUUUUUCAUCGCGACCUUUGCCACCAGCUUUUGCUUUUACUUUUGCAAUUUCAGACACUUGCUGGGAUUCAAUACAGUGCUGACGAACGGCAUCAUUCCGGGAUUUUUGGCCUCGGCCACGUCCCUCCCAAUCGAGAAGAAGGCGCGUCGUCGCGAGAUUGCACUCUACUGCUCCAACCACGCCACCAGCGCGGUCGCGCGUCUGCUUGUCUUCCACGGAUGGCUGCCAUACGUGCCAUACAUGGAUGUCGCCACGUUUACGGUGGCCAUGUCUGCGCUCAUGUGGACCUUCCGCCGGGAGCCAGAGCGUCUCGGUUCCGGCGUUUCCGCCUUGUUUGGCUGGAUGAUGGAUGUCCGCAUUCCCGCCUCCCCCUCAGACCAUCCUCGCUCCUCACAGCCAGCGCACAAUCACCAACAGCCGCAGCAGCAAGGAGAGCAGGCGCAGUCAUCCGACAGGCCUUCGCGUCCGUCGCGCGUCAAGGCGAUCCUCGCCAAGAUCCAGUGCCCAAAGCCCCUGCUUCCAACGUGGCGGUACAUUAUGGGAUUGUUAGCUCUCAAGUGUCCUGUGUGCAAGCACCCAGGCGGCUGCGCUCACGGUGCCUUGCGAGCAGUGCUGAAAGGGUUUGCGCUCGGAUUUGGCUUGCGAGGUGGCGUGGCGUUCGCGACGUCGCUCGCCAAGUACAAACUUCAGCUCAAAAAGGUACUCCGUGCCGUGUUUGCGCGACCCAACCUGGCAUUCGGUGGUUUCCUGGCCACCCUAUUCGGCAGCGCUCGCGCGACCGAGUGCGUUCUGCGCUUGUUGCGUCGCAAGGAUGACGGCAUCAACGCGGUCGUGGCCGGUGCCGUGUCAUCGCUUUCGAUUCUGCUUGCGCGAAACGAGGAGAUCUCCAUGUACAUGCUGUGGAAGAGCUUUGAGGCGCUGUUCAAUUACGGAGAGGCUCGCGGCAUGGUUCCGUCCUGGUAUCACGGUGACGUGCUGCUCUUCUCGGUCGCCUGCUCGCUGCUCUUCCACAUUUCUGUAUUUGAGCCGCACAAUCUGCGCCGGUCGUACUGGAACUUUUUGGACAAGGUGUCGGCCGGAUUGUGGUCGCACAUCAACCGCCAGGCGAUGGAUGUUCUCGGGUUCCAGAGCAGUGCCCUUCAUCCACACGAUCGUGUAUAAGAGUGUACUGUUCCGGAGUGAUUGAUUUAUUGAUUUUUUUGGGGUUUGUGUUUCGUUCAUUGUGUUUUGCAAUCAAAAAACAAAAAUGUCGC